AUGGAUACUUUUAUUGGUCACAUCAAAACCCCUCAGGAUGCUCUCAUAAUAUUUGAGGCCUGCAGAAGAGGCCAACUCAACCGUGUCCAGCGAAGACUGUCAUCCAAAGAACGAGUCCAUAUCACUUCUGGAUCGGUGUUUGCCUGGGAUGAGCGUGAGGCCGGUGUAAGAAGGUGGACCGAUGGCCGGACCUGGUCUCCUAGCCGUGUACUCGGCAGCUUCCUGACUUAUCGCGAAUUAAACACAAAGCACAGACGCAGACACCUCUCAAUAUCAUCUUCAAUAUCAUCAUCAUCUUCUUCUUCUUCUUCAUUAUCAUCUUCAUCAUCAUCAUUAAACAAAGCCAAUCAUGCCAGUCAAUAUCCACGAUCAUCGGCCGGGUGCUCUUACAAGCCAAAUGGGCUGAUCAAACAGAGCUUCUCAAUCUGCACAGUCAACAACCAAAAGAUCCAUCUUAUUUCGUACUAUACAAAGGCCGAUGUUGCUUCUGGAAGACUAAUGCAGCCAUCACACCAUCCCCAACUGAGCAAGAUCAGCAUACCAAAAGGAUACUAUCCCGAACUCAAUCCA